AUGGUACCACCACCACCACCUCCACACGGCUGCCCACCACCACACUGUUGUCCUCCUCCUCCACCGCCGCCUCAUCACCACCAUCGUCCCGGAAUAAAGAUUGAAAUUAUACCACCAUGGCGUCGUCGUCAUCAUCAUCAUCCACCACCACCUCCUCCUCCAGCUAAUCCUGUUGUUGUUGUAAUGCCACCGUCACAAUAUGGACCACCUCCGCCAGGUCCAUCCUAUUCACAACCGGCUCAGUAUUACACUCCUCCAGGGCAGGCACCAGCACAUUAUCACAAUCCGUAA